CUGCUCUAGCUUAGCCAGUGAAUCAUCUUCAACGACCCCCUCCUCUGGGAUCCGGGCAGAAGACUCUUAAGGGGGCUCACGGAGCAGCGCGAGGCCAGUCCGAGAACGCGACCCUAACACUAACAUCCGGUAUAGUCCGAGAGAAAGAGAGAGAGAGAGAGAAGAGACGAGAGUCGGAAACGGAAACGACUGACUGCUUGAUCGCCGCACUGCCAAUACAGUAAUCGGCACGCUAACAUGAAGAUCAUCCUGUUGCUCUUCGUCGUCGCGGCCUUCGCCUCAGCCCAGAGGAUUACAACGAUCCAGCUGGAUGGCAUACAAUACUUCGUAUCGCGAAUGAACCCCUACAGUCCAGAACUGAAUUACUUCCUGGCGUAUCAAUAUUGCCGUUCGCUGGGCCUCCAGUUGGCGUCUUUCGAGACGAAAGAGAAGGCCGACACGAUGACGCAAUAUUUGAAGAACGCCGGUUACACGAAAUACGACUUUUGGACCUCCGGCAACAAGCUAGGCACCGACAUGUUUUUGUGGAUGAGCACGGGACUGCCGUUUAACGUCACCUUUGACUACAUGCUGAAGCGACCUGGCAACAGACCUGCCGACGUACCACCCGGCACCGAACCCCAAAGGGUGGCGCGUGAAAGCGGCGACAGCGGCAGCGCGGACGGAUGCGUCGCGAUGGUAGCACCUACGUUAGCCUGGGAGGCGCAGGAUUGCACUCUCGUGAAGGACUUUAUCUGCGAGCAAACAAGAUGCUAUUACUACAACUACGGCAGCAUUCCAGUCUCCGCGACUCAGGGAAAUCACAGGCCGUACAUCACAACCACCUCGGUGCCAGCCAGCGACGACCAAGCGAGUGAUUACGUAACUGACAGCACCGAUAUCGAUGAUCACCAUCUGGGUACCGAUCCCCAGAACGAACAAGAGGCAACACCAUUGGAAGCGGACGUGUCCGCGAACGAAAAACUAUCAGAGGACCCGGUCGUCAGCAGGCUAAUCACUACGGCCGCUCCCGCAUCUGGCAAUCAGCAUCAACAGCAACAGCAGUCCCGUCAACACAUGGGAACGACAGCGUCGGCGACGUCGCUGUUCAACGACGAUAACGAGCGCGAGCGCACGGCCAUCGGCGACCUGGACGAUAUCAGACCAGAUCACAUCCCGGACAUCGCGAGCCUGUUCACCGGGCAUGUCGCCGUGGCAUCUCAACCGCGGAAAGACAGCGUUUUCGACGGUCUCGAGACUCGCCAAGUCCUGCGACCGUCGGUCUCCCGUCCCGUCGUCUCCUCCGCCUCCUCCUCCUUCUCGUCGGAGAUGAAGAUGGAGCAUCGCGAGUCCUCCGACUACGGUGACUUGGCCGCGGAGACUGAAUUACCGAACAACGGUCUCGAGGACGCCCACACGAUUGGGCCGUACGACAGCGUGCAAGAUUAUGUAAACGAUCAGCCGGCAGACUCGGCGGCGUCGUCGGCGGAUUCGGCGAUGAUGAAGGACCAGGAUGACGACAGUAGCACGAUCUUGCCAGAGGCGGAACCGGCCUAUAGGUACAACAUCAAAGUGCGCACCAACGGCAAAGUAUUAGACCCUCCGUCCAAGUAACGCUUUACUUCCUCCUAGAUAACGUCGCGUUAUUUUGUUUUAUAAGUGACAGAAACACACAGAUCGACAUUCUUGAGGAACUAAGUAUAUAGGUAUAUAUAUAUAUAUAUAUAUAUUAUAUUUGUAUAUGUAUAUCAGAGUGCAUUUUGCACAUGUGACACGAGCGAGCUGUAGCUGUUUCGCGGAUCAGACCGAUCGCUACUGUUGUCACCGCUCGCUGUUUAGCUCUAACUUAAGGCGUACCCGAUAUAAUGCUCGAUAGUUUUGAAUCAGAAAGACACUAUUAUCAGCUUUCUCGGUCGGCGGCAGGCAGAAAUGAUUAUUACGAACCGUCCGUUAGUAUCGAAGCUUGGAACGAACACGAAUGAGUAAUGCCGCGACUCGGAAAUGAUAUUAAAGAUGUCAAAAAGGAAAAGCCGUGAUAUCAGUCGAAAACAAAUUAUUCUCCUGCCGACGUUACUCGACAAGCUGUACAUUUUCACAAGGGCAUUUACUCAAUUACUCAGCUCUCAUUUUCUAUCAUCGAUGACGCCGGCGGAUUAUCAUUUUCAUCGCAUCAUUUAUUCAUCAUUUCUAUCCUGUUUAUUCUCAUUAAAUUCUCAUUAACAGUAUUAACAACAGAAUUUAGAAUAGGAAAAAUAAAAAAUGAAAAAAAAAAUAUUAAACUCAAUAAUUCACUAUUGAAUUAAACUGCCAGUUUCCGCCAGCGUCUUAUAUCUUUAUAAGGUGAUAAUCAUCAUCGUCAUAGUUAACAUGUGUCUAUACGUCUGCAAGACGAAACAUUCGACACUCUACCAUACGAUUCCCGAAAUAUUUUGGGAUGCGUAAUGGAUGUUAAAGAAACCGCUGAGAAUCAGUCGUAAAUGUUUCGGUCAUCCAGACGUAUGACGAUCGGUGUACGUAGUUUCAUCAACGAGGAACGUUGCUCUCUAGCUGCUAUGGUAAGUCACUUCCAUAUUAAUUCUGUGUAGAACGGCGCGAAUGUGCGACUUGUGUAACUGAAUUUUAAUAAAGAUACGACUACAGUCUUA